CAAAACAAGAAAUAUCAGAGUGAAAAGAAGAGAAACCCUAGAAAUCUAUCGAGAGAAAUAAACAAACUUGUUCUUGGAUUGUUUCAUUGAUUGAUCGGCGCCGCCAUGAACAAACUAAAGCACCUAUCUCUCGUCUCCAACAUCUGCAACGAGUUGGAAACGCAUGUAGUUGCUGUAGCGCCAAAGGAUUUAGCCGAGUACAUCAUCGAUCUGGGCCGCAACUCCGAGACGGCCGAUGAACUCGAUAAGAAGCUGAAGAAGGACGACGCAGAGCUUCCUGAUUAUUUCGUCCGGUCGCUGUUAACUUUAAUCCACGGGAUCUACCCUCCGCAGCCCAAAUCCGAGGAGAAAAGGAGAUUCAAGGGCUUAGCGAUUAAGGAUACUAAGGAUAAGGUCAAGGAGCUCGAGAGGGAAGCUCAGAGAGAGGAGGAUCGAGAUGAUAGAAGGGAUCGGCAUAGACAUAGGGGAGGAAGAUCACGUGGUGAUAGGUAUAGGAGGGGGAGAUCACGUGGUAGGGGUGGUGCGAACGAGCCUGAGUUGUAUCAGGUUUACAAAGGUAGAGUGACUAGGGUGAUGGAGUCUGGCUGCUUUGUUCAGUUUGAUAGGUUCAGAGGGAAAGAAGGUCUAGUUCAUGUUUCUCAGAUGGGGGCUGAGAGUUUGGUGAAGAAGCGGGAUAUGCAAGUGUAUGUCAAAGUUUUAUCUGUCAAAGAGGGUGGUGCUAAGUAUAGUCUUUCCAUGAAGGAUGUUGAUCAGAACACGGGUAGAGACUAUUCAGAUUCAGCCAGGAGGAGUAAUCCAUCUUUUAGAACAAAGGAUACCAAGUCUGGGAUUUCAGGGAUCCGGAUUCUUGAGGAGGAGCGUCCUUCACGUAGGAGGCCACUGAAGAAGAAGAUGAGCUCCCCUGAGAGAUGGGAAGCCAAGCAGAUCAUUGCUUCUGGUGCUCUGAAAGCCACUGACUUUCCUGAUUAUUAUGAUGAGGAUGGAGUUGGGAUGCUUUAUCAGGAGGAAGGUGCUGAACAAGAGCUCGAGAUUGAGAUGAACGAAGAAGAACCUGCUUUCUUACAAGGGCAGACCAGGUGCUCUGCCGACAUGUCUCCUGUCAAGAUCUUCAGAAAUCCACAAGGCUCCUUGAGUCGUGCUGCUGCACUUCAGUCUGCGCUCACCAAGGAGAGGAGAGAAACGGGGGAUCAGCAGCAAAGAACAAUUCUUGACUCUAUCCCCAAGGAUCUGAAUCGUCCUUGGGAAGAUCCUAUGCCUGAAACUGGUGAAAGGCAUCUUGCACAGGAGCUUAGAGGUGUUGGAUUAUCUGCUUAUGACAUGCCUGAGUGGAAGAAGGAUGCUUUCGGGAAUACUCCAACUUUUGGACAAAGAUCAAAGCUUUCUAUCCAGGAGCAAAGGGAGAGCCUUCCUAUAUACAAGCUGAAAACGGAGCUGAUACAGGCUGUGCAUGAUAAUCAAGUGUUGGUGGUCAUUGGUGAAACUGGUUCAGGCAAGACGACUCAGGUGACUCAGUAUCUUGCCGAAGCUGGUUACACUACCAAAGGAAAGAUUGGGUGUACGCAGCCUCGUAGGGUCGCAGCAAUGUCUGUUGCAAAGAGAGUAGCUGAGGAGUUUGGUUGUCGUUUGGGAGAGGAGGUAGGGUAUGCUAUUCGGUUUGAGGAUUGUACUGGACCAGAUACGCUGAUCAAGUACAUGACUGAUGGUAUGCUUCUUAGGGAGAUUCUGAUUGAUGAAAACCUCUCUCAGUACUCUGUUAUAAUGCUUGAUGAAGCUCAUGAGCGGACAAUUAACACUGAUGUGUUGUUUGGUCUUCUCAAGAAGCUGUUGAAACGCAGGCCUGACCUUCGUGUGAUUGUCACAUCCGCCACAUUAGAUGCAGAGAAAUUCUCUGGGUAUUUCUUCAACUGCAAAAUCUUUACAAUUCCUGGAAAAACCUUCCCUGUAGAGAUUCUGUAUAACAAACAGCCAGAAAGCGAUUACUUGGGUUUAGCCCUGACCACAGUUCUUCAGAUUCACUUGACUGAGCCAGAGGGUGACAUUCUUCUCUUUUUGACGGGACAGGAAGAGAUUGAUUCUGCAUGUCAGUCUCUGUACGAGAGAAUGAAAAAUCUAGGUAAAAACGUUCCUGAACUCAUCAUACUACCUGUUUACAGUGCCCUUCCUAGUGAAAUGCAGUCUAGAAUAUUUGAUCCUCCUCCUCCUGGUACCCGGAAAGUAGUUGUAGCUACAAAUAUUGCAGAAGCUUCUUUGACAAUAGAUGGAAUAUAUUAUGUUGUUGAUCCUGGGUUUGCAAAGCAGAACGUGUAUAAUCCAAAGCAAGGACUAGAUUCGCUUGUCAUAACCCCAAUCUCACAGGCAUCGGCAACGCAGAGAGCUGGGCGUGCUGGUCGUACUGGUCCUGGGAAAUGUUACCGUCUCUACACGAAGAGCGCAUACCGUAAUGAGAUGCCUCCUACAUCAAUCCCUGAAAUCCAGAGGAUUAACCUAGGAAUGACAACCCUUACCAUGAAAGCAAUGGGUAUCAAUGACCUGUUGUCGUUUGACUUCAUGGAUCCACCCCAACCGCAAGCCUUGAUCUCUGCUAUGGAACAGCUGUACAGCCUGGGAGCUUUGGAUGAGGAAGGUCUGUUGACGAAGCUGGGUAGAAAAAUGGCUGAGUUUCCUCUCCAACCACCGCUCUCUAAGAUGUUGCUAGCGAGUGUGGAUCUUGGGUGCAGCGAUGAGAUUUUGACGAUGAUUGCUAUGGUCCAGGGGGACAACAUAUUUUAUAGACCAAGAGAGAAGCAAGCUCAAGCAGACCAGAAGAAGGCAAAGUUUUUCCAGCCUGAAGGUGAUCACUUGACAUUGCUAACUGUAUAUGAAGCUUGGAAGGCUAAGAACUUCUCAGGGCCAUGGUGUUUUGACAACUUCAUACAGCCACGAUCCUUACGACGUGCUCAAGACGUGAGGAAACAGCUUCUCAGCAUUAUGGACAAAUAUAAACUAGACGUGGUAAGCGCGGGGAAGAACUUCACGAAGAUAAGGAAAGCAAUCACAGCAGGAUUAUUCUUCCAUGUAGCAAGAAAAGAUCCGCAGGAAGGUUACAGGACGCUAGUGGAGAAUCAACCGGUUUACAUACACCCGGGCAGUGCAUUGUUCCAAAGACAACCAGAUGGGGUGAUAUAUCAUGAUCUUGUGAUGACGACCAAGGAGUACAUGAGAGAAGUGACCGUGAUUGACCCAAAGUGGCUUGUGGAGCUAGCUCCUAGGUUUUUCAAAGUGGCUGAUCCAACCCAUAUGAGCAAGCGUAAGCGCCAGGAACGCAUUGAGCCUCUGUAUGCUCGUUAUCACGAGCCUAACUCAUGGCGUCUCAGCAAAAGACGUGCUUGAGAGAGAUUUCAAGUUUUAUUCUUCCUUUUGUUUGUCACCCAAAUCCUCAAAUGUUUUUUUUUUCUACCUUUCUUAUAUAUAUAUUCAAAGCUAAAAAAACUAACAGUA